UCUUAGGCCCAUCUACUAAGGCUAAACAAUGUCGAUGGUGGAGGUGAGAGUUCCAAACCUUGACUGUGAAGGUUGUGCUGCAAAGGUAAAGAAAGCUCUCUUCAAGCUUGAAGGAGUGGAAGAGGUAGAUGUAGAGAUGGAGACACAGAAAAUUACGGUGAGAGGGUAUGGAGUGGAAGAGAAGAAGGUGUUGAAGGCCGUGAAACGAGCAGGGAAAGCAGUAGAGCCAUGGCCAUUUCCUGGUUACUCACACUACGCCUCAUUUUACAAGUACCCAACACACAUUGCCAACCAUUACUACGAGUCCCCUAGUAACGGAGCCUCUGCUGGUGUCCAUACAUUCUUUCACACCCCCUCUACUUAUUCAAUGGCGAUCGCUUCUGAUGAAGCCGUAGCUUCCCUCUUCAGUGAUGAGAACCCCCAUGCUUGCUCUAUUAUGUGAUCACCUCUGUUUUUUUUUUUUUCCUCGGAGGCGGGUAUCCAUUUUUGAGU